AUGUGGGCCUGUGAUUCCGCACUUACUACAGAAAUAGUAAACAGUUAUCAAGUAGUCGGAUCACUCUUUGUUCAAACUCUGCAGAAUUUAUUGGCAGCACAAUGCGCGUUAUCUGGAGAUCAUUUAUGGCCAGCUGAUGCGACGGAGGCAGUCAUCAAAGAUCCCAACUACGACUUCAUAGUAGUUGGAGCUGGGUCAGCCGGUGCUGUGGUAGCUAACCGGCUUAGCGAGAUAUCACACUGGAAGGUUCUACUUGUUGAAGCCGGCGGGAAUCCUAAUCUAGCUACAGAGAUCCCACAACUUUUUUACAACAAUAUCGAUACUUCUGUGGAUUGGGGUUACAAAAACCAACCCCAGGAAUCAAUUUGUAGAGGAUAUAAAGAAAAGCGCUGUUCAUGGCCACGCGGUAAAACACUAGGAGGCAGUAGUAGUGUCAAUGGGAUGUUUUAUGUGAGAGGUAAUAAAUUAGAUUAUAAUGAAUGGGCAGCUAAAGGGAACUACGGCUGGAGUUAUGACGAGGUAUUAGAGUAUUUUAAAAAAAGUGAAAAUUUCUCCGACCCGUUGACGGAAGAAACAAAAAUGUAUCAUAACAAGGGAGGAUAUCUGAACGUACAAAAACCUGGUCCCGCACACGCCUUUGAAGAAAUAAUCAUCAAAGCUGUAACUGAAUUAGGAGUAAAAGAAUUAGACGAUGUUAACGGUCCGACGCAAAUGGGAAUAACUAGAGCAUAUACAACAAUUAAAGACGGCAAACGGCAUAGUACCGCAAAAGCAUUUUUAAAUGUUAUCAAAAACAGAAAAAAUUUGCAUGUGGUUAAAAAUGGUAUAGGACCGAAAAAGCAUUUAAAACACUUAAACAUUGAAGUAAAAGCUGAUUUACCAGUUGGUGAAAAUUUACAAGAUCAUGUAUUCUUUCCAAUUUAUUACAGUGCACCAGUGCAAGGAAGCUUUAACACAUUACCGGAUAUAACAAAAUCAUUUACAGAAUAUAUAUUAACAAACAAAGGUAUCCUCUCAGAUACAAGUCCACACAAAAUUAUAGCAUUUGUCAACUCUAGUGAUCCUGUUGCCACUAGUCCGGAAGUUCAGUUUCAUUAUGUAGUAUUCCCUCCACAUUUAGCCAAUCUAUUGGAUUUGCACGCUAAACAUGGUUUAAACAAUGAUAUACACAGAAAGUUCGAGGAACUGAAUGAAAACAAUAUUGUUAUAAUGAUAUAUAAUGUGUUAUUAAAACCAAAAUCAACAGGAAGAUUAAUUUUAAAUAGUACGAAUCCGUAUGACCAUCCUCUUAUAUUUGCUAAUUAUUUUCAAGAGCCAGAAGAUCUAAAAGUUCUCAUAAGAAACGCUAAGGAAUUCAUAUUAACUUUAAAUGAUACAAAAACUUUCAAAGAUGCCGGAUUUAAACUUACUUGGCUUGAAUUAGAAGCUUGUAAAGAUUUAAACAAGAACACCGAUGAAUUCCUAGAAUGUGUCGCAAGGGAACUAACGUUCUCCUUAUACCAUCCAUGUUGCACUGCUAAAAUGGGUCCCAGUGGUGAUAAAACAGCUGUUGUAGAUCCUCAGUUAAGGGUUCAUAAAACUCAAGGAUUAAGAGUGAUAGACGCAAGUAUUAUGCCGUCUGUUGUUAGAGGUAAUACAAAUGCACCAUCAAUAAUGAUAGGUGAAAAAGGUGCAAAUAUGAUUAAACAAUUUUAUUUAUAA